UGACAUCUGUGAAGAGGAAAAAACGGCAGCGUUUAAAAGCUAACGAUCUUUUUAAAAAUUCUUCUUUCUCCCUUUCCCUUUCUCUAAGCCAUUUAAAUCACAAUUGAAGCUUCGUACGUUUUCCUCGGAAUCGCUGAAUAUUUGAAGCUUUGACCCUAAGCGACACAUACGUUGGAAAUUUGCUGGAAAAGCACGUGCAUGAAAAGCAAUAUAACACUCGAGAUUGCUCGCAUAUAAAUCAUGUCGCAUCUGAGAUUUAUGAAAGAACUCAACAAUUUGACUCGAAUGGACGAAACCAUCAAGGGUCCCACCCCGCGAUGGCAGAAAAAAUGCAUGGAGACGUCGAAUUUAAGUAUCAAUCUUAGUUUGAAUUCAUCAAAGAAAAUUACAAGCAAUUCUUUCACGAGUAGUGCAACAGGAAAAACUCCGACGAAGAGAAGUGAUUGCAAAACCAAGAAAACUCCCUCUAAAAGCACAAGGAAAUCUCCAAGUCGUGUUACGCCAGCUAAAACACCUAAUGGUGGUGAUAGAUUUAUUCCUUCAAGAGCUACAACUAAUUUUGAAUUGAGCCAUUAUAAGAUUCUUCAGCAACAGAAUGAACAGAAUGGAGAUAAGGCAAACAUAAGUCCUACAAAACGAGAGAUGCAGCGUCUCAUGGGAGAAAAUCUUCAUGGAGGUGAUAUAAAUAAUAUAAGAGUUUUAUCUUAUCAGGUUAAAGCACCAGCACCACCAGAGGGAUAUCAAAAUCCUCUCAAAGUUUUGUAUAGUCAAACUAAAACACCAGCUAGUGCUAGAGCUUCCACAAGAUAUAUCCCGCAAGCUGCCGAUAGGAUAUUAGAUGCUCCAGAAAUCAUUGAUGAUUAUUAUUUAAAUUUAGUGGACUGGUCAACCUCUAAUAUUUUGGCUGUUGGGUUGGGUGCUGAUGUAUAUUUGUGGAAUGCUGGGACUGGAACCAUAGAACAAUUAUUCGAAUUGGAUGCAAAUGAUUAUGUAUGUUCCGUUGCGUGGAUUCAAGAAGGUCCGUGCCUUGCAGUAGGCACCACAGAAGGAAAUACAGAACUAUGGGACUGUAGUCAGAUGAGGAGAAUGCGCGUUAUGAACGGACACACAUCCAGAGUCGGUUCUCUCGCCUGGAACUCUCACAUAUUGACAAGUGGAUCCAGAUUAGGUAAAAUAGUGCAUCACGAUGUUAGACAACGGGAUCACUUGAUCUCGACUAUAAACGCACACGCUCAGGAAGUAUGUGGCUUAAAAUGGUCACUCGAUGGACAGUAUUUGGCUAGCGGUGGCAACGACAACAUGUUGCACAUUUGGCAGUCGAUUACCGGGCGAAAUUCUUCUCAACCUAUUUAUUCUUUUAACCAGCAUCAAGCUGCUGUAAAAGCGCUUGCUUGGUGCCCCUGGCAAAAUAACGUUCUCGCAAGUGGUGGCGGUACCGCUGACCGGACUAUUAGAUUUUGGAAUGUCAGCACAGGUGCUUGUUUAAAUGCAAUAGACACAAAAUCUCAAGUCUGUGCUCUAUUGUGGUCUGGAAAUUAUAAAGAGAUUAUCUCAGGACAUGGAUAUGCACAAAAUCAAGUAACAAUUUGGAAAUAUCCUUCGAUGACAAAAGUCACGGAUCUUAUAGGGCACACGAGUCGCGUUUUGCACUUGGCCAUGUCUCCGGAUGGAACUACGGUGCUUAGCGCCGGUGCCGAUGAAACCCUGAGAUUAUGGAAAUGCUUUCAAAUGGAUCCACAUAAAAAGAAAGAAUCUAGUGACAUAAAAUCGGUUGCGUCUAGACUGAAGCAAUCGAUUCGAUAAAAUUAACGUAUUGCAAAGCACGCGAUUAUUUUUCAGUAUUUAUUUUCAAUAAUUAAUUGUAUAUGUAUGAUUGGGGUAUGUAACGUAAAGAGAAAUAUUGACGUCGAACACAUUGUUGGAUAUAAAAACUUUGACGCAUAUCUAUUUUGUAUAAAAAUAUAUAGAUUAAUGUUAACAUUUGAUAUCAGAAAGUUCCAGCUUACAUUCGGCUACAUGUACAAUUAAUGAAAUUAGACAUAAAUGAAUAUUCUUAAAUAAAAUAUAAAGAAACUCUUAUUAACAUUGAAUUAUUGAAUCUGCAAAUUGUAUAACGCGGACAUUAUGUUUUUUACGCAGAAUAUAAUAUC